CUCCACCAAGAGAAUGCCCAUUGCCUAAAACCUCCAAGUAGCAAAAGCAUUUUGCUGAAGCAGAGAGCAGCAGACGGAGAGAGAAAGCAAGGAAAGCCAAAAAAAAGAAGAAAAAAACACAACCUGAGGCAAUUAAUUAGUGGGUUUAGGGGCAAAAUGGGAAACGAAGCAAAAACCACCCCUACCACCGCCAGCGGCAGCAAAGUAGGAGGAGGAGGAUUCAGGGCGAGAAUGGAGCAUUACAUAUACAGCGGUAAGAAGAAGCACGUGAUGGCUGGCAUCGCCAUCAUCGCCGUCGUUUUUGGUGCACCUUGGUUUCUCAUGAACCGAGGAACGAAGCAUCAGUCACACCAAGAUUACUUGGAAAAAGCUGACAAAGCACGGAGUCAACGGCUUUCUUCUUCUAAAUAAUAGUUGAGUUCUUUGAUCAAGUUAAAGAGUUUCCUUCAUCAACCUUUUGAUAGUCAGCAUAGAAGCUCGUGCUGCAUGCUACUCUGUUCUUUUAUAUCCUUGAUGCACUAAAACUGUAAAACCUGGAAUGCUAAAAAAGGUAAAGGUCAAAGAAAUAAUAUACUACUAGAUGCUGCUUUUGACUUGUGGAAAGUAGUAAUAGAAGGUCACCUUCAAUGUGAACAUUUGUUUCAUAUUUGUGAUUAUAAAUUUGAUUAUGAAUCAAAAGUUUUUCCCCUGGAGUUUGUUAUUUCUUUCAAGAAUUUAUCGAAUAUUUAGGUCAUUAAUUA